AUGAACUGCCAUUAUCUACCGAGAUUCUUUCAAAGCAAAGUCAAAAACGGAAGUCAGCCCUCUAUCAACCCUUUGGAUCUAUGGUUCCAACACUAUCAACCGACAUCAGCGACACGAGAGUAUAAUAUUAAUAGUACCGAGAACUGCUGCCUGAGGUGGGAGCAGCUUCGUGUCCGUUACCAAAAAACCGUCAUCCGUGUUGCAGAACACGUUCCGGAAGUGGUUGAAUUCGUUCGGGGUAUCAUCAAGAAUGGCUCAACUGGCUACGAAUUCGAAGGCAGUGUCUACUUUGAUGCAGGCGCAUAUCCUUCAUCUCAACGACGAGGUUACGCUCAGUUGGAGCCCUGGAAUAAAGGAAACAGAGAAUUGACUAAAGGCGGAGACUGCAGAGACCCGAGUCACAUCUUUGGUCAUCUUGUUAAUGCGGCAUUGGAGGACAUCACAAUCCCACCACCUCGCAGUGCCAGCUAUGAGAGCUCGCCUCCACCGCUUGGGACACAGAUGCCAGCCCCGCCUGCAGAAGUCGCAUAUGAGACCCCUCCCGUCUACGUCCUCUACGUUGCUCAGGCGUCGACUCGAACUAUGCUCGACAUGAACUCCCUUCAUGUUCAGCACCAGAGUUUACUUUUCUCUUUUCCGUUCACCUUCUCAUUACCCACUCUUAGCUCUGCCUCAGUUUCUUCCAGUUCUGCAGAUGAGAAAUCACCCAGGAUGAGCAUCUCAUCCGUUGAGUCCGUUUCUUCGGUCAUGAUGCUGAUUAGCUCCGCCUCAGACCCAUUCUCUGGAGCUAUUAUGCAGGCAAGUCCAACUACUCUUACGUUCGGCUCUGCAUCAUUCGCACAUAGCACUCAGAUUGCAAGCGCCGUUGUCAUUAGUCACUUAAAGACUAGUUACACCACCAUCGACAUUCCUCAAGAGCAAGGUCCAUUGUCAGAUGCGCAUCCUCAAAGCGGCUCCCAUGAUGAACGUGAAGCUCUCAUUGAUGUACUCGAAUUGAGCGCCAAUGCACCUUUCAGGUGCGCAUAUAUCCACAGUCCAAGCUAUGUUCGUGCCACUUAUGGUGUGUUUUGUUGCGACCAGAUCAUCACGUCGGCUCAAGAGUGGCUGGCUGAUCAUGUCCAUCCCGCCAUUGAAUCCUCCGGCUCUCUUUCCACUGAGAUGACGAAGCGUGCCUUGGACGAGGAAAAGGAACGAAAGCGACAAGAGGAGGAAGAGGCCGAAAGGGAGUUCGAGUUAGCAGCUCAACGCGCUGAAGAACUUCAAGAACAGAUUCAGGCUGAUGCGCAGAGACAUAUGCUUGCCAAGGAGAUGCAGUAUAAGCCAGCUUGGCGAAGGGCGCAGUCUGAUGCUACUGAAAUUCCCUCUUCAGGAGACACCCUCACAGAGUCCUUUCCAAACGAAAUCGGUUUCAGAGGAGUACAUUUUAAUGCGAAUAUUUACCUCGUCAAGGAAGAGUGUCUUGGUAUCACAUACAUUGCAGAUCCGUUGUGUGACGACGUGAACGCAACGCUGCUACUCGAGGUUCAUACUAUUGGCUUUAACUCGGACUACUACACAACUACCCAAGGGAAGAAAAAGUUACUCGCAGCAGAAGCUGAGAUCCAGAAGCCGAUCAAUAUUCAGCACCCAGACCUUCUAAUGACUCUUGCUGUCAAAAUAAACUUUUCUUACUCUGGCGCUCCACCGCGCUUGACUAUUCUCUCCCAACAAAGCCCUGUGUUAACAUUGCAAGACGUUCUUGAGGAUUGUGAACGUCUUCGAGAAGAUCGACAUCAGUUUGAAUAUCUUGGUCAGACUCUGUCUGCCAUGAACGCGGUCCAUCCAGCAGAUAUAAUUCACAGAGGUCUUGACAUUUCUUGCAUUUAUCUUGCUACGAGAGAGAAUAGAACCCACCCCAAGAUGGUCAGGAUAGGAAAAGUUGGUUAUCAUGCAUGCUUGAAGGACUACCAUAAGUCUAAUCCGUUUGGUAACGACAUAUCAAACGUGAACGAGGAAGAGUAUAUAUCCAUCCUACACCUUGGUUAUCUAAAGAUGUCCUUGAUUCUAUUCUAUCAUACAUUCGGGGACGCGAUAUACACAGUGUUGGAUGAUCCUAAUGAAGCUGUGCAAGCUGGUAACCCAUGUUCUGUCACGCUUUGUUGUGCUAGAGCUUAUUUCGCUUUUCUGCGGCUCUUUCUCCUACUCUCCAAACCUCCUACUCUCCAAACAUGGGUAGCAUGGGUAUUCUUCACCGUAUCAAACUCACGAAUAUCUUCAUUGAUGGGAAAGGGGACUGCAAAAGGCACGUACUUUAUUUGUGGUCUUGAGUGCUCUGCUGUUGACCCCUCAGAUCUAUCACCAUCUGUCGUCCAUUCAGACCCUGAACUAACACUGGAGGUUGGAACUAAGUUGUACAUCGCUCCCGAAGUCCAGUCUAGGAAACGAGGACCUCGCAAUCACAACAAAGCCGACAUGUACCGUUUGGGGAUUGCUUUCUUCAAGAUGAACUUUCCUUUCUCCACAGGAGUGGAGCGUAUGACUGUGCUCGAAGAUCUAAGGAAGCCGGAGGUAUACUUCCCUCGAGUUAUUUCUGCGCUCCUUCACCAUGACCCUGCCGAGCGCCCAACUGCACUGGAACUCUCACAGAGCUCUCCUCUCCCUCCCAGAGUAGAGGAUGAAUAUUUCAAGGGAGCUUUGCGGAUGAUGAUUGACAUGGAACCUCCGCUUUUGCCACCAUUAUCCAAUCCUGAAGAGAGCCAGAAUCAUGCUACCCUCAUUGAUCGUCACGAAGAAAUGGUUUGCAAGUUGCCAAAUAAUGCGCUAGUACUUCUCGCUCAGUUGGCUCCACGAGCCGGCCUGCGAAGAUUCAAGCGAUUCCACAUCACGAAUAUCUAUCGGCCAAACUCCGUUCCAGGACAUCCAAAGGCUACAAAAGCAGCGGUUCUUGACAUCAUCACUCCCGAUACCAAGCAUUGGCUGAUGGCGGCUGGAGCUGAGUUCCUCAUUCUUCUCAGCAAUUGCUUGAACAGUUUCCCAAACCUUGCUUAG